CUGUGAGGUUGGGCAUCAUCAGGCACGCGCAUUCAGUUCAGCUCACCCGCACUAUCGUCAGCCACACAAAACGGGGGAGGCUUCUCAUAUCUCGGGUGCUAAAACGUCUUCCUUUUAUCUGACUACUGGAUCAAUGAGUUCACUACCUCUCUGGGAAUUGGAGUCUUUCACUCAGGAAUUGAGAUCUAUGGCAGAGGUAAGUCUUGCAUUAUGACUCAGACACAAAUGAGUCAAGCUACUCAGAAAUCCAGUGUUUAACUUGUAUGACUGCAACAAAGAAAGAAGGGGGUGUCCUAAACAUGACUAAACCUCACAUCAUAGAUGAUCUGUUUAUGCAACAGGAAGAGACCUUGACAUUUUAUGCCACUUCUGCCUCUAGAAGCUUCCAGUUUAAUCAGAUGAAGAUGAGAUGUUUUGUUUGGAAGUUUUAAAGUUUGCAUUGGCAUUCUUGAAUGUUGUCUGUGUGAGAAAAGAUACUGAUAAUCAAAGUUAGCUUUUCUCCUUUACCCCAAACACACAAACCAAUAAAUACCUCACUUAUAGUGUACUAACAGCAUCUUAACUUGAAUGUGUAGGUUAUAAAUACAUGUUCAUUUACUCUAUCAACACCCAUUGUUGAAGUGUGAAACAGUAACUAAAACUAGUACAAACAAUCUGAUUAAUUGAAAUAAAUAUUAAAUGGAAAAACAACUAGAAAAUAAAAUAUUUAUACUGAAGGUACUAUAAAUUCUAAAAUACAACUGAAAUAAACAAAAUUACUAAAACAUAAAGGGGUCAUAAGAUGUGAUUUCACGUUUUCCUUUGUCUUUGAAGUGCUACAAGCUGUUCAUGCUUAUAUAAGAUUCGUAUAGUGCAAAGACUGAAAUCUAAAAUCCAAAGAGAUAUUCUUUAUAAAAGAGACUUGGGCGCACUUUCUAAAACGCCUUGUUCAAACACGCCCCCACAAAUCUACAUCAAAUCUGUGUGGGAAGAUCUGCACAAUGCCCGAAUGUAUACACAAAGAAAGAAGGCCUAACUUUUAGUUGCGCUGUAGUAUUGUUGUUGCCGCCGCCGCCAUGUCUCGGAGACGCUGUGUGUUUUGUUGCGAAAGCGAAACUACUUAGUUUGGCCUUCCAAAUGAGUACACAACUAGAAAUCAGUGGUUAAGGUAUAUUUACGACAGUACAAUGCAAAUAUUCAAGUGUGUGCAACGCAUUUUAUGGAGGAUUGUUUCCUGAACCUGGGAGAGUAGCCUACAAAGCCUGCUGUGCACAAAGGCUAUUUCUAUAAAGUGAGGCAAUUCUAACUUUGCAAUGACAGUCUGGCACCUCUGACUCACAGCCUGCAAGUACGUUUUCAUAUUUAAAGAAUUUGCUACUGACUAUUCAAACGUGAGUUUUGAACAGUGUAGGGUAGUCCUUGUUGUUCGUCGUUUCUAUGAUCACAAAUGCAGACAUGGUUUUAUGUAUACGUGGUGCAACACAACACGUAAAAACACGUAUAAGAACAGUAUAAGUCAUCAUACUCAGCAAUCAUGUCCCCACUGGAUGCAACAGAUGACUCAUUUAUAUGGGUUUAAUUGUUUUUGUGUCGUCGUGCCGGGAAACGGCAUCACAGCGUGGUAAGGGGCGUAACAUUUCUGUCACAUGCUUGAGGUAUUUGGCCAAUCACAACGCACUGGAUAGCUGGCUAAUCAGAGAACACCACACUUUUCAGAGCGAUGAGCUUUGUAAAAAUCAAUGCGUUUCAGAAAGCGUUUGCACAUUGCAUUACAAGAAAAAUAUAAUAUAAUGUUCUUUUUAUCAACAUCAAAUGACCUCUUUAAAAUUAAAUGAGAACUGAAAAGGUGUAUAUGACUUCUUUCAGAUGAAUAUAAUCAGACUUAUAUUGAUAAAAUGUCCUGGCUUUUCCAGGCUUUAUAAUGGCAGUGAAUGGGUGUUGAGAUUUUGAAGUCCAAUAAAGUGUCCGGGGGGUUAAUAAAGGCCUUAAUAAAGUGAAGCGAUGUGUUUGUGUAAAACAAAUAUCCAUAUUUAAAACUUUAGAAAGUGUGCAACAGUUAGAGGAAGCUGUUGAUUACAUUUUAUUAUUUUUAAAUGUGGAUAUUUUUCUUACUCAAAUGCAACGAUUCACCUCAGAAGGCCUUUAUUAAACCCUUGGAGCUGUGUGGAGCACUUUUUAUGAUGAAUGAAUGCACUUUAUUGGACUUCAAAAUCUCAACUGCCAUUAUAAAGCUUGUAAGAACAGGAUAUUUUCUAAUUUAACUCUUGAUUGUAUUCACCUGAAAGAAGAAAGUCAUACAAAUAGGAUGGCUUGAGGGUGAGGAAAUCAUGGGGUAAUUUUCAUUUUUGGGUAAACUAUCCCUUUAACACUCAGGCUAAGGGUGAGCGACAAAGUAAAAAUGGUGUAUAUCGCAAUUGUUUUUUCUGCCAAGAUCACAAUCAGUCUAAUCACAAUUCUUUGGAAGUAAACUGUUUUUUUUUUUUAGGUACAGUAGGUCCUGUAAGAAGCAGUCAAGUAAGAAAUUGAAUAAUCAAAUGUAAAAAUAAAGCAUUCCUUAGUAUUCACUCUAUGAAAUAAAUAUACAUUAAUUCUUAUUAAAGCUAAAAAAGUGCAAAAGAGAACUUAGUCCAGUACUCAUAUGCUGUGACAGACAGUUUCUGUUUGCACUCUGAAAUGUCAGAAUAUUAUGUGUGAAGUCAUUUAAAAGUUUACACUGGCAAGACUUUAAAAUUCAUGCAAAUGAUCAAAUGUGCACUGUAGCACAAUACUGGCAGUCUCUCUGUAAAGACAGAUUGUGGAGAUAUUUUAAUAACCUAACUCGUAAGUUUUCUUUUACUGCAGAGUUUGCCUAUGGAGGACAUCCUUAUCCUUUUUCAGGUAUUUUUGAGAUAACACCUGGUGACGCCACAGAACUCGGAGAGACGUUCAAAUUCAAAGAGGCCAUUGUUUUAGGGAGCACAGACUUCACAGAAGAGGAUGUGGAGAGAAUUGUGGAGGAAAUGGGGAAGGAAUAUAAGGGGAACGCCUACCACCUUAUGCACAAGAAUUGCAAUCACUUUUCCUCAGCACUAUCAGAGAUCCUCUGUGGUCGAGAGAUUCCACGCUGGGUGAACCGACUGGCCUACUUCAGCUCUUGUGUGCCCUUCCUUCAGAGCUGCCUGCCAAAGGAGUGGUUGACGCCGGCCGCUCUGCAGUCCAGUGUUAGUCAGGAGCUCCAGGGAGAGCUGGAGGAGGCCGAGGAUGCUGCGGCCUCUGCCACAACGCCUUCCUGCGCCGCGGUGGCGCCCGCUCCCAGACCAACCCGACACCAACCACGCCGAUGAACCCUGCUGCCUUGAGUGACAGGCCACCCCUGGUUUGAGCUGGACCACAGCUUCUGCUGCCAAUAGACCCCUCACCCCCCUCUCCUGAGAGACUAGCAAUUCACCAGCGGACUAGAUGAAACCCACCUUCUGUGUUAACUGAUUUAUUUCCGUAUGCUCAAGUGACCAUUAUGGGCCUGGAAACUAUCAAUCUUGUUUACUAUAAAACCUUCUAUGGGUUCAUCAGUGUUUUGAAUGAAUUAUGUUUUGGCCUUUUAUGUUUUGUUUUAAAAACUCAGGACUUGAAUACAAUGGCUUUGUUUAUUCACUGUUUUUUGUUUUAUAUUUUUUAAAUGCUUUUCUUACGCUGGAGUUGCUCACUAGCCUUCUCUCCCCCUUAUUCCUACAGAAAGCGCCUAUUCAGUGAAUACGAGACUUUUCUUUUUUAAUUUUACGGAGAACAUUCGUUUACAGAUUUCUUGCGUUCCAAUCCGUGUAUGAUUGUGUUGUUGUGUGCGGGUUACAAAAGCCAAAAUCUCCACACUUUUGUAAUGACACGCAUCCCACACUUUGGUGACUGUGCCUGAAGAUUUUUACCAUUACGUGCUCAGAGAGCUCUGCACUCUUUCUCUACAGAUCUCUACCUGUUCGGUCUGCUUUAAGUGGCAGGCUUCUUAUCCUAUGAGACCUUCCUCAGAUGUUUUACACCUUUUUAGUUUUUAGAGUCUUAUAUGUACUUGAGACAACAUUUGUAUUCCAUUUUAUGAUUAUUAAAGAAAAUAUACAAG